CUAUGCCUGCAGAAGGCCAUGUAAAAAUUAGGAGGUUUUCUCAUUGUAUAAAUGGUACAUGGGUGAUCUCAGCCAUACCAAGAUCCCACUAUUGCUCUUGUGCCAGCGGUUUAUUCCAGCUCCAUUUUGCGUAGGUAUUUUGCUAUUUAUCUUUUUUUCUUUUCCAGAUGUUGUAAAGGGAAGCAAUGUGGGGAGAUAAUCAGAGCCAUGAAGGAGAAUUCAUCUUACUGGGAGUGGCUGACCGCCCACACUUGGAGAUGUUGCUCUUUGGUCUUGUCCUGAUCUGCUACACGAUGACCUUGUUGGGCAACACAACCAUCAUGGUGGUGUCGCGGCUGGACCCCCAUCUCCACACCCCUAUGUAUUUCUUCCUCAGCAACCUCUCCUUCCUUGAUCUUUGCUUCACUACCAGUCUUGGUCCCCAGAUGCUGGUGAACUUUUGGAGGAAAAGCAAGACCAUCAGUUACGGUGCUUGCGUGGCCCAGCUCUACAUCUCUCUCGCUCUGGGCUCCACAGAAUGUAUUCUUUUGGCUGUCAUGGCCUGCGACCGCUAUGCUGCCGUCUGCCACCCACUGCGUUACACUACCAUUAUGAGCCACUCUGUAUGCUUCAAAAUGGCUGCUGUCGCCUGGAUUAGUGGGCUAAGCACCUCAGUGGUGGAGUCGGUGAUGACUCUUCGGCUCCCACGGUGUGGAGAGAACCGAAUAGACAAUUUUUUCUGUGAGGUGCCAGCCUUAAUUGAAUUGGCCUGUGUUGACACCUCCUUCAACGAGGCUUUGCUUGUUGCUUCUAGUGCCGUCUUCCUUAUAGUGCCACUAGGCCUCAUCAUGGUCUCUUAUUGCUACAUUGUGGUUGCUGUGUUGAGGAUCCGCUCAGCAGAGAGCAGGCAGAAGGCCUUCAACACCUGUGCUUCCCACUUGAUCGUGGUGUCGCUCUUUUAUGGGACGGCCACCUUCAGCUAUGUCCAGCCCCCGUCCAACUACUCCCGCGAUCAGGGCAAGAUGGUUUCCCUUUUCUAUACAUUUGUUGUCACCAUGCUCAAUCCCUUAAUCUAUACCCUGAGGAACAAAGAGGUGCACAAGGCUCUAAGAAGACUGAUGAAGAAAACUUAAGACCAAUGUCUCCCAACUCCGU